CUACAUGCAAUGAUUCCAGCGACAAGCAAUUUGGCUGCCUGCACCAAAAUCGAUGCGAACAACAGAUACAUUUGAAUGUCAGCCACAGCACUCCCAACAAAUGUGUUAAAGAGAGGCUGGAUGGGAUGCCAGGUUUAGUUAAUGGUUCAACUAUGAACAAUCAUGACCAAGCCGUGGCUGAAGCCCUGGAGCAGUUCUGCAACGCCCCGGAGCAAACAUACGAGCAGUUCCUGUCCACUUUCACAUACCUGACUCCAGAGAAUGUGAGGGAUCCGCGUUUGACUGCUCCUGGAGGACAUGGAGACUUGUCCCACAGAGAGAUAGACAGCAGCCGAGAGCGACAACGAGUGGAAGAGGUGACAAUGAUGGAGGAUAUCGUGCACCGACGGAUGGGACAGGCCAACCGCUGCUCACCGACUGCUGAUCAGGAAGAGAUGCUGUUGGAUGGCGGUUGUGUUGGAGGAAGGCUGGGCGGCCAAUCAGGCUCUGCUCCAAUAAGACCCGUAAAGUUUGAUAAUUAUUUGGGAGAUUCGGAAGAUGAAGAGGAAUCCGCUGUCACUACAGGUACAUGUGCACUACCAGGUGAGAUUGAAGAAGAGCUGAUAGCUGUCUCCUCUCCAUCACUCUGUCACCACACACUGCUGGAGAUCUCCUCUACUUUCACAGACCACAGGACACACACUCCCAGUGCCACAGAGAAUCAGGAUGAAAAUGACGAGGUUGUUCCUUUCCGCUUGGAUGAGGACUUCGAUUACGAUAAUGUUGUGCUUUCUCACAAAUACGUGAUCCAGGAACAGAACAGCAGACCGUCUUGACCUGUGAAUGAAUGUCAGUGUGGCACAAGCUUCUAACAGCUGGUUUUACAGCCUUAAUACAAUCCAAAAACGCUUCGUUUUCAGCACUCGAAAACUCCGGGGUAGUGUGGACGGAAGGCACAAUCGUGGCAAAGCAUAUGCGUUUUAAAACGAAAUUGUAUUAGUGUAAUUAAAUUUUUGAAAAACAUGAAUUUUUCUCAAAACAUUUACUUAAUUAAAAGUACACAUCUUUAAAUAUACUCAAAAAGUGCACAUUACCCAACAAUUUAACUCAAGUAAAUGUAACAAAGUAAAUGUAAUUCGGUACUACCCACCUCUGGCGGUAAUGGCGUUGUAAUUCAUUUGAUUACUUGUUACUGAAAACAGUAUCGCCAUUAGUAACGUUGUUUAUUUAUAGUGCCGUUGUUCCCAUCACUGUUUAUUAUUUACUUGUGAGCAAAGAAAACAAUUGAUUUAAUGAAUCCUUCAUAGUAAAAAUAAUCUAUUUUUAUAUUGGCUUUCAAAGCAUUUUCACACAUCCACUGAUUCAUAUUUGGUCUCAAUCAAAUGUCAUUAUGAUUAUUAUUUUACAAAUCGCUCAGUUCAAACCUUUUCAUUUUUGAUUUCGCAGCUCAGCUAGGUUACUAAAUGUACUUGGGGAAAAAAGUAAUUAAUUGCUCAUUGUGUCUUACUGCAUUUUAUCCACCAGAUCAAAAUGCUCAGGGACUCUUUUUGUUCUCCGUACAAGCCUCAUACCCUGAAUAAAAGCCCAAAAUGCACUGCUCUUCGAAAAGAAUCUUUC